UGUGCUUUAGCUCGAACAAACAUAACCAAAUAGAAUAAAAAAGAUAAAUAAAAUAGAUAAAAUGGAAAAGAGAAUAAAAAAAUAUUCAGUUUAUUAUUAAUAAUUAAUUGUUGAAGGAUCAUAUGUUAUUCGAAAGUGUUCAAUUGGAAACAUGGAUAACACUGAAUUAUUAUUCUUCGAUACAUUUUCCCACGACAUUUCAGAGGAAUUAAAUUUGGAUUUGGUACAAUUUCCCAAACCUGUUUAUAUCAGCGAAGUGAGAAUAAUUCCAUUGGGUGCACGAGUGCAAGCGGACUUCCCAGGAGGUGUGCGACUUGGAGCAACCAAUCCCUCUCAAUUUGAAAUUGAGUUCUUUGUGAACGAUCUCAGUAAACCUGGAGCUUCCACGUUUGAGUUUUUGGGAAAUUUAGAAUACAAACAAAAUAUCCAUAUUCAAUUGGAAUGUGAACGGAAACAGAUACCAACCGAUGGUUUGGUAUUAAGAGGAUGGUAUACCACUAUAACACUAGCAGUGUAUGGUACAUUGACUAAAUCACUGAACAAUCCUCAGGAAAUCAUAAGUUCAGCAGCUGGAUCCACUGCUUGUGUUAGUGCACACGAAGAAAAUACUGAGAACACAGCGCAGGUUUCCUCUGAACAACAAUCUGAAUGGUACUAUGAGAAUCAGCAUCAAACAAAUUCAUUGGAAACAUGCAUAACCGCGACUCCACCGCCUCCGGUUCAACCAAUACAAGUAGUAGAACCAUCCAGAACAUCCACAUCAGAUACUGGAAAGACAGAAUCGGUACAAUGGGAAGAAGAGACGUCUAACGCGGGCGAAAAGACCUCAAAACGACCUUCGUCUCCUCCUACCGAAUCUCUAAUCUCCCUCAGCCCCGAAUCUAUUUCCGCUGAGGAAGAGGAGGCAGAGCAACAGGAAGCUGGCGAACAGGAAACUGGCGAGCCCUUUGAGCCUAUAUUAUCGGACGAAGAUAUAAUGACUGAUGAUGUUCCGCCUGCAGUCGAAUUCGAAUGCGAAACCUCGCAGAUCGACGAGAUUUAUACGCUGAUACCACCAGAUUUGUUGAAUUUGGAAAAAUUAAGCAAUUUGGAGGACAUCUGCAUGAACCGCGAAACCAUGUCGAAGAUCAAAGAGAUUCUCCAACCCUUGUCAAAGUCGGUUUUGCAUUUCCACAACGUAUCGGGUCAAGAGAAGGAAACGUUUGUUCACAACUGCGAAACUUUGUGCGCCAUAUUAAGUCCAUUUGACUUCAACGCAGACGAUAUCGAUAACUUAACUAGUAUCGUCAAUGCCGGCCUGGAUAUGGAGCUCGCUAGAGCUCAACCGCAACCGGCAUAUAAAGUACGUCAUGUGAAAGUAGGAGUUCGUUUGGCGGAAGCACUCUGUCGAUUAUCGAAGGGUCCGGAGAUCCUACUAAAGGUCGAAGCUCCGUCCAAAUUAUUGUCUCUUUGUAUGCGCGAAAAUGUGGCUUUGCCGGUGAAACUUUCUGCUCUGCGAGCUCUCGAUGCCGCGCUGAUCAGUCCGGUAAUCGUACAAGAGUUUCUAAACUCGAGGAACAAUCUGUACAGCGAGGCGUUGACGAUGUUGGACACGGCGAAGCUAGCCCGGCUCAAGUACGCCCUCAGCUCGCUUCUUCGCAAGGUCCACGUGUACGAAUAUCUGGAGGAAAUCAGAGAAUUCGACGAAUUCGGUCUAACGGAAUUGAUGAACACUUACGUGUGCGCCCCGACGUUAAUGGCGCAGCCUAAACGUCAGUUACCGGCUGGCGCGCAGAUGGAAUUUGAACGAGAACACGCUCGCAAUCCUCGCGCGCAUCUAAUAGCUUAUUUCGAGCACCAUAAGCUAAUCUAUCGUCUUUUGCUGGCAUUAUCCUCUCCCAAUUGCGACUUGAAAACAAUCAAGUUAAUUCGUCGUUUUUUCCUACAUCUCUCCGAUACGAAAGACGGCCUGUUCUAUCUACUGAAGGAGACCGAAGUGAUUCGAUUGAUGUUGAAAGCCUUAAAAUACGAAUUACCCGGAAUUGGCUGCAUUCUAGCGUGGCGUCUUCAGGUUGCACAGUGUCUGAUUCGCCUGAAACAGACCUCCGAUUGGACGAUCCUGAAAAGAUUGCAUUCUUUUCUUGCCUUUCCUGAUGGUUUGCGCGCUAUUAUCACAGUUCUACCUUUAGGCGAUUUCAUAGACAUCCUUAUCCCCUUUCUAUCGGAUUCUAAUCUUUGCGAGUUUGCCGCCGAGAUUAUCUCCGCCGUUGUCCGUUAUUCCGAUAGAGUAGGAAUCUUCCAGAAUCGAGCGGAACUGAUACUCGAUAAAGCUCGCGAGCAUGCAGUUCUUAGAGACGUGACAUCAUACUUGACAACUGCCGCCCAAACUUCUCACUGGGAUUACAACGAUGUUUCCUUGUUGGUGACAACUAUCAGGAAAAGCGCGGAGAAGGCUGCAUCACUUCCUGGCCAACUAAUCACUGCUUGCAGGAUUUUAUAUUAUCUUAUUUUUCCAUUUAACAACGACAUCGAUCCUAUGGAACCGUAUAUCGAGCUCAAGUACAGGAAUGCUUUGACCCAGCUCUUCGCCGCCGAUGGCCUUACCGCUCUGGUCGCCGUAAUGACGAACGUGUCCGAUUUCUACGAGCAACCAUUCCUUCAUCGCGCCGCCCUGACAGGUCGCAGAGGUAUGGCCUUGAUCGCCUUGUUGCUACCCUGUGUGAAACUGACCAGAGCGCUGCUCGAGAGACUUGUCAAAUGCAUGGCGACAGACUUCAAAGAUCUCACGGCUGUUGUUCCGCUGCUCGGAGUUUAUUGUUUAAUCGAAGCCAUUCCGUCUAACCCGAUGAUGCAGACUCUGUCCGAAGAGAUAGUGGAAACUCUGCUAGUGUUCACCCAAGCCGUCGAUUCCGACGGUUCCGGCAAUGUGGCUAAAUCACUGUGGACUCAGAUGCUUGGUGAGGUCCUGAAAAUGGUUUCCCUCCGCUCAUGCAACUUUGUACCAGGUUUGAAGCUUUUGACUCGUCUGCUACCGCCUGUUUUAACGCCGAAGGAAACUGCUACUGAAGAUGCGACGAGAAUCUUAGGCUUGCGGAAACUCUGGUCGGCGCAUCUUCAAGCUCAGGCCGCAAACCUCACCGAAACUCUACGAUUACUAUGCGCCAGUUGGAACAGAGAUGUUUUGCUACUUUUGUCGACGGUUUGUAAGCAAUUGAGCGAUUUAGCAGCACCGACGGCUCUUCUAGUUGGAAGAUGUCUGUUAGACGGUAUUCUAGCAGCCACUCCCCUAGAGAACAAUGUUCCUAUCCUCGCUCUAAUCAGCGACCUGGCCAGGCAUGCGCCUAUGAAGGCAACUCUACUGACUUUGACUAACCCCGCAUCCAGGGCGCAAGUAAAAUCUGACCAAAAGUAUCCGCCGGUUAUCGAGAUGAUGUGUACCAUUCUGAAAAAUAGCAGCGACGUGCACGUGCAAUACGAGAUUCUCGGCAUCUUUGAAACUCUAUGCGAUUGCAGCCUCAGCCUGGUACAGGAAGACAGCGAGCCCUUCGAGAAGAAACUAAGGCAUUCAGUACCCAGCAAGGAACCUCUCUUGUCUAUCCUCGCGGCACUGAUCGAAAUCCUGGCGACCAGCACAAAGUUCCAACUGGAUGUAAUAGAAAAUACAUUGCACAUUCUCUUAUCUCUUAGCAGCCACAACUAUGGCUUAUAUCAUGUGAAGAGCUGCCUGGAAAAUAAUCCCGGCGCCUUGCGCGCGCUACUAGACCACGUGUCCACUUUGGAAAAGCCCGAAACGAAUUCCGUUACGGACUUAACUGUGACUUUUCUGGAAAAUUUGAUUGCCUCCGACUCUGAACGGAGAUCCUUGCAUCUGCGUACGCAGCAACUGGUGUUAUUGAUUUCUUGGGAAAAGAACGACCAUCCCUUGGAGAAGCUGAAGCGAGCGGAAGAGUUAGUAGAAACUUUGAAAGCUGCUGAAGAGAAAGAAGAGAAGGAACCUAUCCCGGAGAUGUUGGAGCCUUUAUUGCCCACUCCGGAAGCUCUCUUAAACCAGUUCUCGCAAAGAUAUCUUGGUGCGAUUAGUAAUAGUCCAUUUCGAUCCAAGAAGUUCUUAUUUGCGGUGGCUAAUCACAUACAAGCCGAGAAUACGGUAGAUCUAUUAGCACUUGCUGCUGAAUUACUACCUGCCGAUUUUAAUUUAUUAGCAGAAGCACAAAAUUUAUGCUCCAAGACGCCUCCCGACGAUGCCACUCAACCUCUACAGUCGAAACCGCAGGACGAAAAUCAAGAAAAUAGAACGGAAAAACAAGCUUCUCCAAUGGUUAAAUCGAAACAGCCGUUUGUGGCUCCAAUACGAGGUCGAACACAAUUUACCAAUUCACUACGGGGUGGCGGAGUGAGUGGAGGAGUAGGUAGAGGAGCUGAUCCUUUCCGAUCGAGGCCCCCCAACACUUCUAGACCACCGUCUCUUCAUGUAGAUGAGUUUGUAGCGUUAGAAACUUGUGGAGCUCAGCCGACGGGCCCUACCGGAUAUAAUAAGCUCAGCAUUCGCGGAACGUGCCCAUCGCGUGCCAUUAGUGGCGGUGGCAGAAGUCGACCUUGGACGCAAGAAACUCGUCCUCCUUACCUUCGCUGACUCAUCAAUUCUUUUCGUUUCACAUAUGUAUAUAUUUACGAACAUAUCAAUAACGAUAUAAAUUUUUCCAACAAAUUUGCGCGUUUUGCUGAAAUAAUACAUUUAAUUUCGCGACGAAUUAUUCUUGUCUUCUAUCAUCUUUUGCCAUUUCAGAUACUGCUGUUCAAAUUUCUCAAUGUUCUUCUCUAAACGUUUCAAUUUUCGUAAUCUAUAUUUUCCCUGCAAAAAAUAUUCUAUGUAUAUAUGUGUGUAUAAAAAAUUUUAAAUAUUAUUUUUAACUUAUUAA